AUGAAACCCAUUUCACUACCCAACUUAACCCUCUUAGUUACUUCCUCCCUCGCCACCCCCACCCUCUCUCUCUAGAAACCUCAAGAAUGUCUAACGGUGAUCAUGGAGGUAUGCCGAUGACUCCAGGGUCAAUGUCGGAUGGAACCAUGAACUCAACAACAGGGGACAUGGAUAUGAACAUGAUCAUGCAUAUGAGCUUCUACUGGGGCAAAGAUGCAAUCAUCCUCUUCUCUGGUUGGCCAAACCGGAGUCUGGGCAUGUACAUAUUGGCUCUUUUCUUCAUAUUCCUUCUGGCCCUUUCUAUUGAGAUUCUCUCUGUUUUUCCAACCUCAAGAUUUGGCAUAAACCGCCCACUACUCGGUGCGUUGGGUCGGGCCAGUGUUUAUGCUGUUCGCAUGGGUUUUGCUUACUUGGUCAUGCUCUCUGUUAUGUCCUACAAUCUUGGUAUCUUUAUAGUUGCCGUGGCUGGUCAUGCCAUCGGAUUCUUUGUUGUCAAGGCUCUUGCUCUUGCCACGGCCAACCAAGCUAUCUCCGCCGGCGGCACCCCUAAGGCUUGAUGACUCUAUCGGAUGAAAUUGAGCAAAUUACUCUGUUUAUGUUAUUGGGUAUCUAUAAUAUGAUCUCUGUAUCCGUUUCAAUUAAGCAUCUUGUGCUUCUACUUUUCACUGGCUUAUUACUUUGUUUCAAGGCAAGACUAGGGGUGUAAACGGUCAGUUAGGUGAUCUGAAUUUAGUCGGUCAGUCAUCAGUUAUCAGUGAUUUUUCGGUAAUUUAGUUUGUUCUUUUUUUGAAAAUACGGAUGAAUCAGUUCGAUUUGGCGAUCGAUUUGAUUUCUGCUGUUUGUUUUCACACCUUCUUGGCAAGACACACAACGGCGACUUAGAAACAAUUUUAUUUUUAUGCACAUGGUAGUGGCGUAGUGCUGUUAACAUCUGUAAUAUCAGGAAUUUUGAGGUAGUCGUCGAUCGAUAA